GGCGGAGUUGCCGUGUGCAGGAGGGUUCCAAGAUGGCGGCGGGUGCGUGAGGCGCGAUACUCGGCGCGCGAUUCCCUCUUGCUGGCGCUCGCCGCCAUGAAGGGCAAGGAGCGUUCUCCUGCCAAGGCCAAACGGUCCCGGGGCGGCGAGGACUCCUCUUCGGCGCGGAGCGAGCGGAGCAGCAAGAAGCCGAGCAACGGCGGCGGGAAGUCGGCGAGCGGCGGCUCUGGCGAGGGUGGCGGCGGCAGCAGUCGGCGGAGCCUUCACUUGGAAAAGGCCAGCCGGGCCAGCAGCCGCGAGUAUGACUCCGCCACGGUGGGCAGCUCCGGGGGCGGCGGGAGCAGCAGCCGCCACGGCUACAGCAACAGCAGUAGCAGCAGCAAGAACGCGGAGUCGUCCUCGCGGGGCAGCCGCGGCGGCGGCGGCGAUUCCCGGGCGCCCCCCUCCGACUCCGGCAGCAGCAGUGAGUACAAGACGCUGAAGAUCAGCGAGCUGGGCUCUGCGCUGAGCGACGAGGCGAUCGAGGACGGGCUCUUCCACGAGUUCAAGCGCUUCGGGGACGUAAGUGUCAAAAUCAGCCGCCUGCCGCCCGGCACCGGCGCUGGCGACGAGCGGGUGGCCUUCGUCAAUUUCCGGCGCCCCGAGGACGCCCGGGCUGCCAAGCAUGCUCGCGGCCGCCUGGUUCUCUACGACCGGCCGCUGAAGAUCGAGGCUGUCUACGUCGGGAGCAGCAGCGGAGGGGGGAGCGGCCGGCGUCGCGCCAGCCGAUCUCCUGCCCUUUUGGACAAGGAAUCUCCCUACGGAGCCGCAGCGGUGGGUGUAGCAGGUGCGGCACCUGCAGCCAUCAGGCACCCCUCCACUGGGGCUACUCAGAGGGCGCUUUCUCCUGCUGGUGGAGGAGCUGGCUUGGGAUACAGAGACUUCAGGCUGCAGCAGCUUGCCCUGGGCCGCCUUCCUCCGCCACCGCCACCUCUGCCUAGGGAGUUGGAAAGAGAACGAGAUUAUGGGGGCUUCUAUGACCGCGUGAGGCCCGCUUACAGUCUGGAUCGAGUUGCCGGGGUGGCGGCAGCUGCAUUUCGUGGGGUUGGUGGCACUGGAACAGCCAGUGAGGAAGAGAUUAGCCCCGAAGAUGACCAGAGAGCCAAUCGUACCCUAUUCCUCGGCAAUCUGGACAUAUCAGUGACUGAAUCGGAUCUACGCCGAGGUUUUGACCGCUUUGGGGUAAUCACUGAGGUGGACAUCAAGAGGCCAUCCCGAGGUCAAACUAGUACCUAUGGAUUUCUCAAGUUUGAAAACUUGGACAUGGCCCACCGGGCUAAACUUGCUAUGUCCGGUAAAGUGUUGCUGCGUAACCCUAUCAAAAUUGGCUAUGGUAAGGCCACCCCAACCACACGACUUUGGGUGGGUGGUCUGGGGCCUUGGGUACCAUUGGCUGCUCUUGCCAGGGAGUUUGACCGUUUUGGCACUAUUCGCACCAUUGACUAUCGUAAAGGUGACUCAUGGGCUUACAUCCAGUAUGAGAGCUUGGAUGCUGCACAAGCUGCUUGUAGCCACAUGCGUGGUUUUCCUUUGGGUGGGCCAGACCGCCGUCUCCGCGUGGACUUUGCUGACACUGAGCAUCGUUAUCAGCAACCUUAUUUGCAGACAUUGCCACUUCCACCCCCUCCUCACUAUGAUCUGGUAGCAGAGACAUCUGCCUUUGGGGCACAUCGUGGAGCCCCAUCGGAUCCACUCCGAGGUGCUCGGGAUAGGACUCCACCCCUAGUGUAUGGCGAUCGUGACAGAGAUCUCUAUCCUGAGACAGAGUGGGUGCCUCCCCCACCUCCAGUUCGGGACAGGGGGAGCAGAGCAACUGUUUAUGAUACACUAGAAAGUUUGGAACGCCGACGAGAUGGUUGGUCUCUAGAAAGAACUCGUGGGGAAAGGGAGUUAGUCAUAAGCAGUAGGGAUCUACCCAGGAAGCGAAGGCUAGUGGAAGAUGGGCGGCAUUUGGACCGUUCGCCGGACAGUGAACGAUCAUCUUCAUCUCGCAAGCGUCACUGUCCUGCUGCAGCCUCUCCACAAGAUCGUAGUCCUGAGCCAAGUCUGGGCAGAGACCGCUAUAGUAGCGAUGCAGAACGACCAACCUCUCGUUUGCUGUUGCUGGAGCGCCCUUCACCCAUCCGAGAGCCACGCAGGGGUAGCUUGGAGCGAAGCCAGAGUGAGAAGCGUGACCGCAAAAGCUCUGAGAGGGAAAGAAAGCAUCGCACACUUACCACUGCUACCACCCAAGAAUGCAAGAGUCCAGCUAAAAAGGAUGAACAUGCAUCCGAAGGCAGCAGUGGUGGAGGAUCUCGGCUGAAACCUCCACCUCAAAAGCAACAGCAGCAGGAUGGAACCUCAAAGUCUGGGUCAUCCCCCAAACUGUGCCUGGCCUGGCAAGGAAUGCUUCUAUUGAAGAACAGCAACUUUCCGUCUAACAUGCACCUACUUCAAGGGGAUCUGAGUGUGGCCAGCAGUCUCCUGGUGGAAGGAGCAACUGGUGGCAAAGUGGCCCAGCUAAAGAUCACACAGCGCCUCCGUUUGGACCAGCCCAAGCUGGAUGAAGUUACCCGUCGUAUCAAAGUGGCAGGGCCCAAUGGAUAUGCUAUUCUUCUGGCUGUGCCUGGUACCACAGACAACCGUGCCUCAUCUGGUGAAGCUAACACCACCUCUACACAGCGGCCGCUCAGAAACCUGGUGUCCUAUCUUAAACAAAAACAGGCAGCUGGGGUGAUAAGCCUCCCAGUAGGGGGCAAUAAAGACAAAGAAAACAGCGGGGUCUUGCAUGCUUUCCCACCCUGUGAUUUUUCUCAGCAGUUCCUGGAUUCUACAGCCAAGGCCCUGGCUAAAUCAGAGGAUGACUAUUUGGUCAUGAUCAUUGUCCGUGGUGCAUCUUAAAGCCCUAAUACUUUCUAUGCUCUCUCCUGCUGCUUCACACAGCCCCCCUCCCCUCUGUUCCAGUGUCUGCCAGGUGCUAUGCGAUAAGCCUUAGCCACUUCCCCAAGUAUAAUUUUUAAUUAGAUAUGUAGUUAAUCUUACCUCCCCUCAGUUUUCUAUAAACUCUCUAGAAGGCAGACUUGUUAGCUGUUCUUUAGUAUGGCUAGGCUACCAUGACUGUCUUGCUGAUGUGCAGGUAGCAGGAAUGGAAGGUCUGCUUCAACUAAAAUAUGAAUCCCAGAACAAGCAUAUUUCUUUCUCCCUUCCCCCCUUUUAAAAAAAAUACCCUUUAACUUCUUGUCCUCUUUCAUUUCAUAACUUUAAAGUAGACAUAAAAACUUCCCUACAUUUACAAAUCUAAAUGGCCAGAUUUAAAGCAUUUGUGGCUCAUACAGAAUCACAUGCCUAAAGCAAAUGCCCAUUGUGAGCCCUAUGGUUAAGUGAAGGCCUUGGGCUUGUAGCCUUGAAAUCAAAAUAAUCCCUCCAUCAAGAACCUGAAAAUAACAUCUGAGUUUGAAUUGAUUCAGGAUUGACUUCCCCAAGGCAGAUGAUACUUUAUCUUUUGUGGUACACUAGACUUCUUUCACUGGGUUUUAGUUUUGUUGCCAAGUUCAUAGAAGUGCAUGCCCACAAAGAAUGUGUACACAGGUGUACUUUUGAAUCUCUUAUUCAUUUUGGGUUGUAGUUGUGAUACAUGAUAAAGAACCAAGAGCAUUGCUAUAAUCCAUGAACAUCUUGCGCUUCAGUAUGUAAGAAGCAGGUGCUUUUAAGACAACUGUGAUUACUUGCAUUUUUGUUAUUGCCCUUUGCUAAUUGUGGUAGGGACAGUGAAUUCCAAAAUGUAACUUGGAAAUAUAAUUUUCUGAGAUGGCACUUAACUUUUGUAAAAAGUUCUGCCACAUAACCAUUUCAAUAUCAUUUUAUAGCCAUGAAAAUAGAAGUGAAUGCUACCUGGUAGUUACUUUCAGGUAAAAAAUGGGCAUUAUGCAAGGUUUUAUAGUCUGGAUUGCACUGUUUUAAUCUUGACAUUUUUGCAGUCUUGUAUUUCCAAGUGUUGGGGAAGCAGUUCAGUUUAUUCAAAGAACAUAAUUUGUUUUUUUUGGGAAAUGAGGAUUUUUAAACUCCACAGAAACAUCCUGAUAUAGAUAGGGGGGGAAGUAGUUCAGACAUGUGGCUUCAUUUUUCUAAUCUUUUCAUUCAAACAUUUUAUUAACCCUCUAAGGCAUUGUACCAGCCUCUGAGUAAAGAAGAGUGCUGUUUUCCACUUGGUGUAAAAUGGUUUUGCCCAGGUAUAAAGAUUUACAUUAUUUGAAAUGUGGCUUGGUGAAAGCAACACGUUGCUCAUUGUAAGCUUAAAUUGAGAAGCAUGUUAAAGUCACUUUUUAGAUUUCUGAAAUCAGUCAAUCCUUUCACUUUUUCAGAAAAACAGCUUUAGCACCCUAAAACCCAUUGAUGAGCAAUUGCAAGUUUCAAAUAACCACCAGCACACACUGAAAAUGUCUGCUGUCCUGUAAUAAAGGAAGAAAACUUUGAACUGUGGGCUGAAGAGCCCUUCAAUGUGCAUGCAAAAUCUAGCCACUUUCCUUACUAUUAAUGAGAAUUCUGUAGGGAGUUGUUUUCAUAUAUUCUCUGCUUCCAGAUGAAGUCUCAGUAAGAUAGGCCUAUGUUGCCAGUUAGUGCAUAACAUGACUGUUGCUGAGUUAUCCAUGUUAUUGCACUUGUCAAGCACUGGUGGCAUAUAGAGUGGAUUCUCUUACGGUUUUUGUAACAGAGCUUGAUCUCUAUGUUAGACUUCUGAGUCAUUUAUGGAAGGCCACCUAUGUAACCCUUCAAAACCUUUAUACUUGUGAACAAUAGUACCCAUUCUCCAAUAUGCAGUGCUCUUUUAAGAAAAGCCCUACAGAACUUGAAUUUGCAAAAAAAUUGUAUGAAUAGUCUUGCUUACAAGCAAGCCACUGACAACUGGUGUCAGAAAAACUCAACACCAUGGGGUUUCCUCUUUGAAAAUGGAAACAAAUUAUGUUCAUUGCUGCUUAUCUUCAUGACUUGAAGUAUGUUAAGGUUAUGUGAAAUGGGCAAUUUCAAUUUCCAAAUCCUUACUUAGAUUUUUUUUUAUUAUUUAGUAAAAAAUCUGGUUCAUUUGUUAGAUAGAAAAGGAAACCUAGCAUUUUAGGAGCCCUUUGUAGGGUAUAACAAUUGACAAGCAACAUUAAAUGUCACAGCACUUAGUUAAAACCGCCAUAAAAUCUAAAUACAAGUUUGGGGGGCUGUAUUUACUUUUGAGUGUGCAUAGCAGAGCAAUUAUCCUUUUGAGCCAUCUGGGUAAGAGUUCAGCACUAGCAAAUGUUGCAUUUAAUGCCACUUUUAUACACAACAGAUCAGAGUUAUUUUCUCUGUAUAUGGCAUUAUGGAGCUUCAGUAUGAGCGAUGCACACUUGAUUGGUGCAUAUAUUCACAACUGUUUUCAUUCAUUACAGUGUAUUGCGUUAGAAUGGAGAAUUAUCUUUUUCUGAUACAUCAUUUAAUCGCCACUUUUUGUUGCUUAGGGGGGAAAGUGGCAUAUUGCCAUUAAUACUUUUUUUUUUUUUUUACAAUUGGAAACUUUAAACAGCGGUUUGGCUGUUAGCCAGUGACUGCAUGCUUGAAAGUUCAGCAUAAAGACUGCUGUUGGCUGGCAACAUGGCAUGAAUUUAAGGCUACCUCAUUAUUGUGAGAUCCACUUCUAUGUUCUGUAGAAUGGCUUCCUACAUGGGCAGUCCAAAUUGGAGCAAUUGAAGUGGAGGCAAGAUUAUAGCAUUUUUAAAGCAAUCUUCAGUGUGGAUCACUUCCCUAGGAGUAUAAUAGGCAAAAGAGAUAACUUAUUUGGGUGUCUUAAGCAAGCAGCUGGAGCCUGGCCAUGAUUUAGAGUGAAAAGGUGCAUGGAAAAACCUCCUGGAAUUAGAUGGUUAAAUGGAAAAGCUAGAGGCUACCACAAAAGUGUAUUCAGGAACUAUACUUGGGGGCACUUGAUAAAAUUUGAAUAUGAAUUAGAAGUGAAGAAAUCAAUGUAAAAAUAAGAUGUAUAGUAACUUACCCUGGCUACCAUUUAAUUUGUGUAGAUAAGAAUAGAUACUCCAGAUGUGUCAUGGAAUGUAAACAUUUCCAGUUGUAUUUGACCAAACUGCAAUACUUUAGAAAAACGGGGGGGGGGGUGGAAUUGUGCAGAUGUAAUUUGGUGGAAUUUGAUGUAUAUCAUUGGCUUCCCCUCCCUCCUGCAACUAGUGGGCUUGCUGCUAGUAAUAUGCAGUAAAGUGAGAAAAUACACAUACAAACAGAACAGUUAACUUUCAUGUUCUUGUUUGAGUUGCCUUUUUGAAAAAGCGAAAUUGUGUGAAUUGAUUUUCCUCCUGGGUUUUUACCUUUUUUUACCAGUUCAGUUGAAUAACUCCAAACUGUAUUUUACGUUUUAAAACCCCUGGGCUAUUCAUUGUGCAUCUAUAUAUAGAUGUUAAUUCAUUUCAAAAGUUUUGUGCCAGUGAAGGGUGAUUGGUGCUUUCAGACUUUCCCUAGAAUAUUCAGGAAAAGCCUUGUAGUUCUAUAAAUUAUCUGUUAAUGUAGGGAGAGGACAACUCUGUUGUAAACACUUGUACUGAAUAACCUCUUCUUUCCUCCUGAAAGCAAGGCUGGUGAACUGCCGAAGACAACAAGGGAUUCCAAGCUCUAAUGGACCUUUGCGAAGAAAAGCUUUGGCUUGUGUGGAAUUUACAUGGGCCUCAUGGAAGAAAGCUUAUCUGUUUAGUAUUUGUGCAUUUUACUAAAAUGGCAGCUUAAAAAAAAGUUGUGUAUCUGCUAUUGUGAUGCCAAUGCCCGUGUUUUAAGUGGAAAAUUGACCUCUUUGCUUUGUGCUGUGUACACAAGAUUUCUGCAAAAGUAAAGGAAAAAAAACCUUUUUAUGGCUCACACAGCUUAAACUAGCUGUCACUCAAAACAUGCGCUCACAGUCGAGCUAAUUUUGUUUCAUUCUAAAUAAAUUGUUUCUUUUGAGGAAA